AUGUCCGACCCAUUACUCUUCGAAGACACCUUCACAAUCACCGGGAUCAACAGCCAGAAAUACGACCGCGUCUCUCGCUUGACGUGCACCUCAUCCGAUUCCCUUACCACAUUCACUCUCGAUGUCAACUCAGAGCUCUACCCGUGUACCGUCGGAGAGUCGCUUUCGAUGGCUCUCGCUUCGACGCUUUCGCUAGAUGGAAAGGAGGACAGCGGCGCAAAGACUGGCUGGAGGGAAGUCGGAAUGGGCGAGCAGACUCUUGCGAACGACUACGACUAUGUUUGCCAUGGAAAGGUCUAUCGCUUCGAGGAGGGAUCGACCUCUGGAAACAUGGCCGUCUUUGUUUCCUUCGGCGGACUGUUGCUUUACCUGGAAGGUCCUUACAAGAAACUUGCGCCCCUGCGGAUCGAUUACGUGUACCUGCUCCUCAAGAAAUAG